GAGUGCUUAACUAGCUGAGACCCAAGGAAAUCUCAAAGAGAGCACAUGGAGUGCAACUGGGAUCUUUAGUACUCACUACACAUGACAUUGUCUCUCUGCUCUUUAUUUAUUUGUGAUCAUUAGUUACCAUAAACAAGAGGGUUAAUGAAUCUGAUUACAGAAAUGGAGGAAGAGAAGAGGGAUUCCUCCCCUUUUCCAUUGUUUCUGAUCUUCUUCCUACUUUCUCUACCUGAUCCUCUUUUUGUUCAUUCCCAGUGCAUCCAAAAGCCAGUUAUUUUCAACUUUGGUGACUCGAAUUCUGAUACUGGUGGUUUUUCUGAGGGACUUGGCAUCAAAUUCGGACUCCCAACUGGACGUACAUUCUUCCAUAAACCAGCAGGAAGAUUAUGCGAUGGACGUUUAAUGAUUGAUUUUCUAUGUGAAAGUGUGAAUUCUGAUUAUUUGACCCCAUAUCUGCGAUCUGUGGGCCCAAAUUUCACCAAUGGAGCCAACUUUGCUAUAUCUGGUUCAGCUACUCUGCCAAAGGAUCGUCCAUUUAAUUUGUAUAUUCAAAUUAUGCAAUUCCUUCAAUUUCAAUCACGCUCCCUCGAGCUUAUUCCAAAAGGUUAUAAAGACUUGGUUGAUGAAGAAGGGUUCAAUAAUGCACUUUACACAAUUGACAUCGGACAAAAUGAUCUUGCUGCUGCAUUCACCUACUUGUCUUAUCCACAAGUCAUUCAGCAAAUUCCCUCUUUUGUUUCUGAGAUAAAAAAUGCCAUAUGGACCAUAUACCAACAUGGAGGAAGAAAUUUUUGGAUACACAACACAGGGCCAUUGGGCUGUUUACCUCAAAAGCUCGCUACAGCUUAUGCAGAUGCAAAUGCCAGUGACAUUGACAAUCAUGGAUGCCUCCAAUCCUUCAACAACGCUGCAAAAGAGUUCAACACUCAGCUAAGAGUUGCAUGUGGAGAACUAAGAUCUGCUUUGACAAAUGCCACCCUCGUGUAUGUAGACGUCUACGCCAUCAAAUAUGACCUCAUAACCAACUCUGUCUCCAACGGGUUUGAGAAUCCAUUGAUUGUGUGUUGUGGCUAUGGAGGACCACCAUACAACUUCAACCAGACCGUUACUUGCGGCCAGCCGGGAUUCAACACGUGCAAUGAAGGAUUGAAGUAUGUAAGUUGGGACGGAGUUCACUAUACAGAAGCAGCAAAUGCUGUGUUUGCCUCCAUGAUACUUUCUUCUCAAUACUCUUCUCCAAAACUUCCCUUUAAUUUCUUCUGUAACAAGUGAUGAUUGGAGUCAUUAUGGCCCAAUAUAAAAAGUUCAUAUAAUUUGGAUAAUGUUUAGCUUUUGAUUGGACUUUUGUUGGACGUUUGCUCUUUUUACUGUUUUAUAGAGAGUAUUGGCAAAACUGUAAUCAAUGAAAAGCAAAGGAUGCUAUACAAAAACUUAUUAGUAAUGAAAAUCAUUAAAGCAAUCAUUUCAAACUC